UAUGCUAACGAUUGACGAUACUACCGAAGCCACCGAAACCACCGAAACUACCGAAACGAAGCUUCACCGUCGGACCAUGCGGCAGCUCAGAUGAGCUCAACAAAUUUCGCCCAAGCCCAGCAGCGGUUGGCUGCGCGUCGAUUGGCACGUGAACGCGAUGCUCAAGCUCAACUUGCUGCAACUCGUCAAGCAUCGCGAGCUUGGUCAGAGGUAACGCGUUUGCCAUAUCCAUUGAAUCGACUCGGGGCUACCUCUCUGUCGGCAUGGGAAGUAAUAUCCUCACGCGAAGGCACCAGGCCGGCCUUUCGAGUCGGUCAAGUCGAUGCCGAGUUAUUAGACGAAGACCUCGUAGGUCAAUUAAGAGAUCAGGUCGGCGAAGCAUUUAAAUACUUUGGGGGAAACAUCAAGGAUGACUGGUCUGCCGAGAUACUACUCGCACUCCGUACCGUUCUUUUUAAACUUACGGUAUGGGAUCAUGACGCGACUUAUGGUGCUGCCCUGCAGAACCUCAAGUAUACCGAUGCAAGACGUGAUGGACCCAUCCUGACACCCCCCACGAUAUGGCAAAAGAGCCUCUAUGGCCUUGUAACCGUGGGGGGUAAGUACGGUUGGACCAAAUGGGAGAAUUGGCUUCUAGAUCGGGAUAAUGGAUACGAUCAACCCUCACCAACGGUCCAACGCCUUUCCAAGAUCACAUCAAAGAUUACUACCCUGCAUUCUAUAGCAGCCUUCGCCUCAUUUCUUGCAUUCCUAUUACAUGGGAGGUACCGGACUAUACUGGAUAGAGUGCUGAGAAUGCGCCUCGCUCCCCCCACAAGUCAGGUGACUCGCGAGGUGUCCUUCGAGUACCUCAACCGGCAACUAGUGUGGCACGCCUUUACCGAAUUCUUACUCUUUGUGUUACCUUUGGUAGGUAUUAACCGGUGGCGUAGAUGGCUCAGUCGCACAUGGAAGAAGACAAAAGAGAUCAUCAACGUCGGCACGGACGGCGGUGAUAGCGGCAAGCAAGGCGAUUAUGCAUUCCUACCGGAACGUACUUGUGCCAUUUGUUACCAGGACCAGAAUUCAGCUGUGUCGGAAAAUGAAGUCCUUGCCGCCGCAGCCUCGAGCGGAGUGGUAGGAUCGGCACAGACGGACAUCACGAAUCCAUACGAAACCAUCCCGUGCGGCUGCAUAUAUUGUUUCGUAUGUCUUGCGACUAGAUUGGAGCGCGAGGAAGGGGAGGGAUGGACCUGUCUUCGGUGUGGCGAAUUAGUGAAGGAGUGUAAACCAUGGAAUGGUGACGUCUUGGAACAACAAAUCAAAUCAUCGGCACCAACUACGAAGCACGUUGGGUUUAUUGACGAUCAGAAACCCUCCGUUGAUCUCCUGCAGGAGAAGGACGAUACCCUUCGUCGGUCUGGGAAUGUAACUCCAGACGAGGCACCUAUAGCUGAGCCUCUAGAUGAACCUGAAGACAGCGACUCGGAGGGUUACGAGGAAGAAGAAGCCGAAAUUAACGGCGACUUUGAUGACUGAUUAUCAUUUCGUCAUCUACACCUAGCAUCGCAAGAUGGAUACAACUCUGCCAAAAUAGACAAGGACAAGCAAGACUCGGGAUGUCCAGAUUCUAGCUACACUAACUAGAGAGUCCCCUAUACUCAUACCAUUAACGCUGUACUGCAGCUCUCGAGCCACAACGCAACGUCGCGCAUUAUGAUCAACCUUCUCCUAUCAGAAAAGGGCAACCUGCUGGCGUCUAGAACCAAUUUCGCCGACCGCCUUGUUAGCC